GUGUUCUCUAUCAAGAUUUCUCGACCUCUCUCUCGAAGAUUCCAGUGAACCUUGCCGUAUCCUUCCUGUGCAGAUAUCUCGAGUUUUCUCUCUAAAAUUUCAUCUCUCUCCAAAAUUUCGUUUCUCUCAUCUCCUUCAAACCACUUUCUCUCUCUAGAACUUCCAUCUCUAAUUGUUGAAUAUGGGUCUGCAUAAACCCUAUGACAAUGAUGUCGGAAGAAGAAGACCGACCCAUAAUAGAAUAUGAAUCAGAAGGAGAAGAAGAAAGCCAACUUUUCGACGGAAAAGCUAAAACCAAUCCCUUGGACCUCCUCAUCGCGGCAACGGGUGCUUCUAUAUUCGUUGUUUCUCUUCUUUUUAGGAUGAGCAAGCUUUGGUUUUGGCAUGAGAAAGGAAAGCCACAUGAAUGCCCAGUAUAUACACAAUACUUUGUGGUAAGUGAAGGCUUGAACUUGAUGUGAUAGAGAUUUUUUUCCAGCUCCCUGAUCUAGACUGGGGAAACCAACCAAACGCUACCCGAUCUCCUCCUGAUGGGGCUCUCCAUCUGCUUCCUCUUCUCCUCCUCCGGCCGAGCUACCCUAUUCUCCAAAAUCCCAUUUCUCCAUUUUCCUUCCUACUGCAUUCACAUCUUCAUAAGGAGAUAUUGACAUAGGGAAAGAGUGAAAGAGUAUGCAGCUGGAUCGGUGACAAAAAAAGAAGUACAUAGGGAUGCAUUUGGCUCAAAAAAGUUCCUUCCAUGAGCAGACACCCAAAAACUGCCGAUUGCAGUCCAAGAAAUUCGUUGUCAGAUAACGGCUGCAGCUUGGGCUUUUCCUUUAGUAAAUUCUUUGAGAAAAUCUUCAUUGAGUAUAUAAUGCUUGAUGGAAUGAAUGAUGAAAAGCAACAUGCACACCAACUCGGAAAAUUGCUAGAGACAUUUCAAGUGAUUAAUUUGGUUCUUACUGGAUACAAUCAAAGGUUAAGGUUUAUCGGCAAGAAAAUUAAGCUGGAAAUUCAAUUGAGUCGAUUAGAGCAAGUAUUGAGUGCAUUUGCUCUUGACAAAGAACCAUAUAUGCACACUUUGGAAGAGGAGACCACUCCAUUUGGGUUGCUUGCAAGGGGCAUUUAUGCAGCAAAACUUAAGGUGCGUGGCAGUUAGUUGGGUUAAUGAUUGCGAGGAAAACUUUUGGUGCUCUGGUGGACUACUUUUGUCAUAUUUUAUCAAUGUAAAUCAAACAAUAUUCCCUUUUUUUUUUUUGGAGUAAUGAGUUUUUUCAAUGGUGUUAAUUUUUGAACAAUUUAUGAUGCAUUUUGUAAAAUUUAGUCAAACUUUUUUUAACACGUAUGAUAUAGUUUGAUUUCAAUUCAUAAUUACUUAUUUUGUUAAAUUUAAGCUUGAAUUUGUUA